AAAAACUCUUCAAUAUAGAGAACAUUCAAAAUGGCUGCGCCCAUGGUGUCAAAUAAUUCCAUUUCCAAAAAAACGUUAAGAAAUAUUGUUAUAGGAAAUGUCACCAGCGCAAUAAUUCUGAUUUUGAUAACAUAUAUUCCUUUUCAUGGAAAGUCACAACUAGAUAUCGUCUCUAAUCCUCUUGGUGUGACAAAAUUUCUGUCGGCUUCAGUCAUGUUUUUACAUGGAAUUUUGCAUUUCUUAACACAACAUCAAAGUAACAAAGGCCAGAAGUUUAGACUCGGAAUUUUGGUUAAGAGUAUUCUGAAAAGUGCACUGGUUUUUGCAGCAAGUCUUGUGUUCUUCCAUGUUAUAGCAAUUAUGUUUGGAGCAGCUUUCAUAAACGAAACAGCAGAAACUUUCCAUUUUGCUAUGAUGUUAUCCUCAACAACAGUGGGACCUCUUCUUAUACACCUACAAUCAAAUGUGGAAUCAUGGUCUCGUGUGUUUGUUUUUGAAAGUCCUGAUCUGGGCAUGGAGACAACUGUAUUUAUAAGCAGUAUUACCAGUGUUGUAGGAGCUUGGCUGGGAGCAUUUCCUAUCCCAUUAGAUUGGGACAAACCAUGGCAGGCAUGGCCUAUAACAUGUGUACUAGGUGCAUUGACUGGACACUGUGUUGGAAUCCUUGUAGCAUCUGUACAUGUUUGCCUUCAAGUAUAUAAACAGAACAAGUUCAAACUUACCUGAUUGGCCACUUAUGUAGCAUUGGAUGAAGGAAGACCAAGUUCAUUAACACAUUUUUUGAAGAAGUAACUUUGUAAUGAACACAACUGUCUUUGGAGUUGGAAAUGUGAUUUACUAACGACUGAUUUAUAGGUUAAAGGUACAUUGAAGCAGCCAUCAGUACAUAGUCUAGCCGGUCACAGAUUUGCAGGCUGUUUUGUAGUUUUGCCAGUAUGCAAAAUCAUGUUUAAAAGUUUAAUUUACUGAAUAAGGUGCCAAAUAAUGAGGAAGAAAUACACGAGUUUGAAGCAGAUUUUCUAAUAUGAACGCCAUGAUUGACUAGUGACAAGUGACUGUUUUUUUAGUAAGAAUAGCAUUACAUACAUUCAUGACUGGAGAGAUGUUUAUAGAAAAUAAAAUCAGUUAAAUAAAGCAAAGAAUAGUCAAUGUGA